GAGCAACAUUUAUUUUUAUCCGUCAUUUGUCACUUUCUUUAACAAGAAGGCGCCAUGGCCGCCGAUAAAGAACAAUUUUACCAAAUUUUAACUACUUUAUUAUCUACAGAUAAUAACAUCCGAUCGCAAGCAGAGGAAGCUUAUUCUAAUUUGGUAAUUGACACGAAAGUGAGUCACCUCCUAAUUGCCAUUCAAGAUGGGAACCUUUCAGAGGAAGCGCGCCAAAUGAGCGCUGUUUUAUUAAGGCGAAUAUUUUCUAAUGAAUUCUUGGAAUUCUAUCCAAAACUGUCACCAGAAAACCAGGCACAACUGAAGCAACAGGUUAUUUUGUCCAUACAAAAUGAACAUCAGUCUGUUCAGCUCCGUAAUAAAGUUUGCGAGGUGGCAGCAGAAGUAGCAAGGAAUUUAAUUGAUGAUGAUGGAAAUAACCAGUGGCCCGAAUUUUUGCAGUUCCUAUUUCAAUGCGCAAAUGCCCCAAGCCCUAUCCACAAAGAGGCGGCUCUCCGUCUCUUUGCCAGCGUACCUGGCGUCUUUGGAAACCAACAAAACAACUAUUUGGACCUCAUAAAGCAGAUGUUGAUGAGCAGCUUGGCUAAUACAGAACCCUAUGAUGUGAGAUUUCAAGCCGUUCGGGCUGUAGGAGCAUUCCUUGUCAUUCAUGAUAAAGAAACUCAAGUUUUGAAGCAUUUUAAUGAUGUACUUCUGCCCAUGUUGAUGGUUAUUGCCGAGAGUAUUCAGCAGCAAUUAGAUGAUACGCUUUUGAAACUAUUGAUUGAGAUGGCCGAGUCUGUGCCAAAAUUCUUGAGACCUCAGCUGUUACCUGUAUAUGAGAUGUGCAUGAAGUUAUUCAGUGAUGGUACAGCAUUGGACAGUUGGAGACAACUUGCGUUGGAGGCUAUGGUUUCUCUCGCUGAAAUGGCACCUGCCAUGGUAAGGAAAAAUGCGGGGAAGUAUAUUGCCCAGUUGGUCCCUGUAAUUCUCCAGUUCAUGGCUGACAUUGAAGAAGAGGAAGACUGGAGUAAAUCUGACGAACUACUAGACGAAGAAAACGAUUCCAAUCAUGUGGUUGCAGAAGCAGCACUUGAUCGUCUUGCCUGCGGCUUGGGUGGAAAAACUAUUUUACCUUUGGUAACCCAACAAAUACCAGCCAUGUUGGCUAAUCCUGACUGGAAACAGAGGUAUGCUGCCCUUAUGGCACUCAGUGCUAUCGGUGAAGGUUGUCACAAACAGAUGGAAGAAAUGUUAGGCCAAAUUAUCAAUGGAGUUCCUGGUGUUAUGCAGGGAGCUCUUACCUAUUUACAAGAUCCUCAUCCUAGAGUGAGAUACGCAGCAUGUAAUGCCAUAGGCCAGAUGUCAACAGAUUUUGCACCUGUUUUGCAAAAACAGUUUCAUUCCACUGUCGUUCCUACACUAUGUAUGCUUUUAGAAGAUAAUGACAACCCUAGAGUUCAAGCUCAUGCAGGUGCAGCUCUGGUUAAUUUUGCCGAAGACUGCCCAAAACAUAUUCUCACCGGCUAUCUGGACACAUUGAUGGGUAAACUAGAAGCUAUCCUUUCAUCAAAAUUCAAGGAAUUGGUGGAAAAGGGUACAAAGUUAGUGUUGGAACAGGUGGUAACCACAAUAGCGAGUGUAGCCGAUACUGCUGAAUAUGAAUUUAUCGCCUACUACGAUCGACUGAUGCCUUGUCUUAAGUACAUCAUACAGAAUGCUAACAAGGAUGAGCUUAAACUUUUGAGAGGAAAGACUAUCGAAUGCGUUACUUUGAUUGGGGUAGCUGUUGGAAGUGAAAAAUUCCAAAAUGACGCACGGGAAGUGAUGGAUAUGCUUCUGAAAACACAUGGAGAUGGAGUCGAUUUACCAGAUGACGAUCCACAGACGAGCUAUAUGAUAUCCGCAUGGUCCAGAAUAUGCAAGGUUUUGGGAAGGAAUUUCGAACCCUACCUGCCACUUGUGAUGGGUCCAGUUAUGAGGACAGCCUCGAUGAAACCGGAUAUUGCUCUUCUGGACAAUGAGGAUAUGCAAGGUGUGGAAGGUGAUGAGGACUGGCAAUUCGUUUCACUUGGCGAGCAAAAGAAUUUCGGAAUUCGGACUGCAGGUUUGGAAGACAAGGCGGCUGCAUGUAUGAUGCUUGUGUGCUACGCAAGAGAACUGAAAGAGGCCUUCGCGAAGUACGCCGAAGAAACCGUCAAACUGAUGGUGCCCAUGCUGAAAUUUUAUUUCCAUGACGACGUUAGAAAUGCCGCGGCAGAAUCUCUCCCCUGGCUCUUGGAAUCUGCAGCCAUUAAUGGUCCAGCCUUUGUGCAGGCCAUGUGGAACUACAUAUGUCCGGAACUCUUGAAAGCUAUUGAUACCGAACCGGAAAGUGAGGUGAUGAUGAUCCUUUUGGACUCCAUGGCUCGCUGUAUCGAAAAACUUGGGAUUGGUUGUUUAGAUCAGGACUCCAUGACUGAACUCCUCAAGUUGAUCGAUAAGUUGAUGAAGGAACACUUUGAAAGGGCUUCUGACCGGGUAUCAAAAGUUUUGGAUGAAGAUUAUGAUGAGAUUGUCCAAGAGCAGCUAGAAGAUGAAGAAUCUGAUGACAUAUACUUGUUGAGUAAAAUUUCAGAAUUGAUUCAUUCUCUUUUCGUCUCGUAUAGAGAACAGUUCUUACCGUUUUUCGAUCAAAUUUGUAACCAUUUUGUUGCGUUACUCGAACCAAAUAAGGCUUGGGCCGACCAUCAGUGGGGCCUUUGUGUUUUUGACGAUCUAAUCGAAUACUCAGGACCUGCCAGUGCCAAAUAUCAGGGUUUGUUCAUUACCGCUUUUCACAUGUAUGUCAAAGACAAGAGCAGCGAAGUCAGACAGGCGGCUGCUUAUGGAUGGGGUGUUAUGGCCCAAUAUGGCCCCGAUGAUUACAUCCAUGAAUUGACAAAGGUGAUACCUUCAUUGGUCGAUGUUAUCAGAGAUCCCAAAUCCAGAGAACCAAGAAAUAUCAACGCAACAGAAAAUGCAAUUUCUGCAUUGACGAAAAUCGUGAAAUACAAACCGGCUGCUGUUUCUAACAUAGACGAAUUGUUGCCCAUGUGGUUGAGCUGGCUUCCUGUUAUCGAAGAUGCUGAUGAAGCUCCUCACGUCUAUGGUUAUAUGUGUGAUUUGGUGGAACAGAAUAACCCGCUUAUUUUGGGAGCUGGAAACAUAAAUAUACCAAGACUCAUCGCGAUAGUAGCAGAAGCAUUCUUCAGAGAUGUAAUGGAACCAACAAAACCAGAAGGAAUUAGAAUGUUGAAUAUUGUGAGACAAGUACAGUCAAACGAAGCACUAUUUCAAACAGUCAUCCAAUCUUUAGCCCCAGAAUUACAACAGGCUCUACAUAACGCAUUACAUGCUCCUGUAACAUCUUAAUAGGCGCUUUUAAAAUAAUUGAAAGUGAAAUUUUUUUAAAAUUAUGUACGAUUCAUUAUUUUUAUAUAAUUAAAAUGUGUUAUGUAAGUUUAUAAUGCAAAAGUCCAGUUAUUAGUCAAGUGAGUAGGGCUAUUUUUCCCUAUUUUCAUGCUCAAAUAUGUUAUUUGCUUGUUUUUCUUCUAAAAUUCUCUAUACUCAUUUUAACUUGACUAACACUGGACAUUUGCAGAUUUUAUCGAUGCACCUAAAUUUAUAGGUGCAUUAAUAAAUUUUGGAGGUCAUAUGUGCAUACAAGAAAGAACUUGCAACCCAAUGUUAUGUGAUAAUUUUCAUCUCUGAAAUGCACUCAAAUAAAUUUUGACGAUGAAGUUUUUUAGUUCUUAGCUGUUGAAAAUUUCUGAAGGACACAUCAAUGUUAUGCAUAAAACAUUAAAUCAAUUUUCGCUAAACAUUCGAUUACUACCCUCUUUUUUCCCAUAGAUUAACUCAAAAUUUAGUGGAAAAAACUGUGAUUCUCUUAUAUUUAAAAUAAUUGUUUCAGAAUAUUUAUUGUUAGAAAUAAUUAUAUUGUGGCCUUGAAAAAUAUAACUUGAAUAUGUUGAGAUGGAACUGCCUUAAUUGAAUUAAUUUAAUAAUUUUUAUUGCAUA